CUUUUCCGGAAGUUGCUGAUAAAUUCCAGGAAGUAGGACAAGCAAGCAAACUUUGUACUCAUUUCUGUUUUGCUGUUCGUCCUGGAGGCUCCCACCUCUGCAAAUAAUUUACACAAACAUGUUCCUGUAUGUCCUCGGCCUGGUGGCUCUCUGGUUCGUCUAUCGCUGGUUCAAGGAAAGCAAAAGAGUGGCCAACAAGGAAGACAAAUAUGUCUACAUCACUGGCUGCGACUCCGGGUUUGGUAAUCUCCUCGCGAGACACCUGGACAAGCUGGGCUUCUGUGUGAUUGCAGGCUGUUACACUGACAAAGGUGAGGACGAGCUGAAGAAGGUCACCUCUGACCGACUGACGACCGUUCACCUGGAUGUCUCCAACUCUGAAAGUGUCGGCAAAGCGGCAGCUGUCAUCAAGACUUUGGUUGGACAGAAGGGCCUGUGGGCCGUUGUGAACAACGCCGGAGUCUCUUUGCCGUCUGGUCCCACUGACUGGCUCACGAUCGAGGAUUACAAGUCCAUGCUGUCUGUCAAUCUGUGUGGCGUCAUCGACGUAACGCUGAGCGUCCUCCCGCUCAUCAAGAUGUCCAGGGGCAGAGUGGUGAACGUCUCCAGUGUGUUUGGGCGAAUCAGCCCGUUCGGUGGACCGUACUGCGUGUCCAAGUACGGAGUGGAGGCCUUCAGUGACAGUCUGCGUUUAAACAUGGUGCCGUUUGGAGUCAAGGUUGCAUGCAUCGAGCCAGGCUUCUUCAAAACAAACGUGACUGACACAGCGAUAGUGAAGAAUAACGUGACGAUGCUCUGGAACAGACUGCCUCAGGACGUGAAGGACGACUAUGGAGAUGAUUUCUUCCAUAAAUCUCUUGAAACUUUGGAUGAAAGUUUCAGGUUCUUUACGGACACGGACCUGAUGAAGGUGGUCAGCUGCAUGGAGCACGCCAUCUCCGCCGUUCACCCUCGCACUCGAUACUCUCCGGGGUGGGACGCCAAGUUCUUCUGGUUGCCUCUGUCGUACAUGCCAACCUGCAUCUCCGACAGACUUUUCUUGAAAUUUAGCCACAAAAUGAAUAGAUAAAUAAAAAAGAAAUCAGCUGCUGGAGAAGAAUUUUGCUCAUAAUUGAAGAUGACUUUUUUUCUGACUACAAUAAAGAUUUGUUCAUGGAGUUUUUACGACAACUGGCAGCAACAUUUAACAUAUAUAUCCAAAUAGAAGUUUUCUGUAAUAGGGUUGCCUCUUCCUUACGUCUUUGACUUUAUCAUUAAUUAACACUAUCAUGCCUGCCCUGUUGAUGAUAAGAUCUAUUGUAAAUGCACACAGACAAAGCUGCAAGCUGCUGAAGUCAUAAUGUUACUGAUUUUAAACGCUGUGUGUGAAGAACAUGUAAAUCUUUUAUACUUGAUGGACUUUUGCUUCUCUGUCUGUUUAAACCUGCUCUUCACAUUAAAUAACUUCUGUUGUCUGGAUAACC